AAAAAAACGUUCGUCGAAGUCAGAAAAAAGCCAAGAAGAUAUGCCAGCGUGUGUUUCUAAUCCUUCCCCAAAAUUAAGUAUAGAGUUUGAAGUAGGAAGGUCGCUGGUAUUACGACCAAAUCAGGUUGUGAGAGGUGCAAUUAUAUUAAAAGUUUCCGAAACUGAUAAAACCCUGUGGGCAUCUACAAUUAAAAUAAAGUUUCGAGGGGAUGAAACUGCUACGUCUAAUAUAGAGUCAUGCACUGCAAGAACUACAUAUUUUGAAUGUAGCAGUACAGUUUGGAGUGGCAAUAUUGGAGUUGGAGGUGGAGAUGGAGAUAAUGAAUAUUGUCCCUGGAAGGAGCUUACUCCAGGAGUGUAUAGGUUUGAAUUUGCACUCAAGUUGCCUGCCAUAAACUUUCCGCCAUCGAUCGAGGGGCCAAAAGGGUUCUCAAUACGUUACGUGUGGCAGGCUGUUAUUGAAGGCGCUGGUGGAACGUUCAUUGAAGGACCUGAGGUUGUUACGCCUUUAAUUCCAAUAUAUUUUGCGCCACCUGCUCAAGAAUGGACCUAUAAAGAGACUUUACGUAAUGAGAAUAAAGUUUUGAUGCAUGUCGAGGCUAUUCUACCAAAGCAUGUGUUUGCACCUGGUGAAGAAUUUAAUCUUACACUUAACAUUACGAAUCUCUCAGCCGGACGUAUCACAUACACUCAAUGUUCUCUUCGUAAACAUUACGAAGGACCUCUUGAUAAGGAUAUCAUAUGUGAUAAACAUGAACGCUCGCUUGCUUCUACUGAAGGACGUUGUGAUAUACCAGUCAUGCAGCGUUCGCAGACUGGAAAAAUUGAAUUUUCUCUUACCAUUCCUAAAAAACAUCAUCAUGUGCCUCCAUCAUAUACGGGACGCCAUUUACGAGUGUACUACACUUUGCGAUGUGUUAUUCAAGUAGAGUCUGGUAAAUUCAUUACUAACAUGCAAUUCUAUGAAAUUACCAUUCCUAUCUCUGUGACAUCAUUUCCACAUUCGAAGGGGUUAGUCAAUUCUUUUCCCCCAUAUUCAGAGUCUCGUGCUAGACCAUACUUUUUUGAUCCUAAACAGGAUUUCCCUCCCGAUCACCCUGAAAGUAUUAAAUUUUCUUAUUUGAUCUCACAGUUUGAUAAAUUUUGUGAUGGAUUUGAUUUAGAUCCACACUAUUAUUAUUAUAGUGAUGGUACCUCUAGUUUAAAUCGUGAUAGUAUUAUUGAAAAUACACGAAUCACUACCACCUAA